CACUCGCACCGUCUGUGGAGAAGCGAGAGGAGGAAGGAGACAAGGAAAGGAAGGGAGGGGAAUCUCCGUAGAGCACUAGGCAGCGACGGAGUCAGCGCAGCUUCGUCUCCUUCCUUCCUUCCCCUUUCGCUGGCCGCUGGCCGUCGGCACCAUCACCUACGGCCACGGGCGCAGCGCGGCGCCGCUCCAUACCGGGUCCGCGGGCCUCUCGCCAAGGAAACCCGAUAAGCCUCCGCUGCUCUGCUCGGCUGCUCUUGCCUUCUCUCCCGUCCACGGUCCACUUAGCUAGAAACACACAACAAACAAGGAGAAAUCGCAAGGAGGAGCAGCGCCUGCCGCCGCGCCGUAUCCAGCGAGGCAGCCCCCCCGCCCCGAUCUGCCGGCCCGACACGCUGGGAUCUUCCUUUCCUUAGCCGACCGGUCAACGCCGCAGAUAUUCUCCUUCCCUGCGGCUCUGGAGGUUUCCGUAAACCCGUCGCCCCCCUCCUUCUAUUCCUUGCAGGUGAAUCCACCGUCGCCCCUUUCCUCGUUCCUCCUUCCCUUCGUCUCCCCCCAGGAUCUCGCCUUCGCUCGGCGCUUCCCGAUUCGCGGCCGGCGGGGCGGACUCCGGCUGUGUGGGUGGACGCAAGGUAGUCGGCAAAAGGUGCGAUUUUGAUCUUGUAUUCUUGUUUCCGGGGCCAGCUGCGUUGCGUGAUGGCUGGUCCGUCGAACCUUCGCUGUUCAUGGUUUUCCGUGAUAUACGAUUGAGUAGUUCGAUUCAAUAGACACUAGAAUCGAUUUGGGUGCCGCCGACCUGAUUGUUCGGUCCCGAAUGCUGUUGGGUUGGAUGGGGACUACGGGGAUGGUAUUUUGGUGCGCGGUGCUGCCGGGGCCCAAAGCUUUGCGUCCAAGUCCCAGAUUGCAGGAAGAGGAAACUUUGUUGUCAAUUUCAGAUUUCUUUUCUCUGUGGACGUGUGUGUCUGUCCAACAACGCCUUCUCUGGAAUUACCUGAUUUUGCUGCCUGCCAUUGAUAGGUAUCGACGAUCAGACGGAGCAGUUGCUUCAAUCUCGACUUCGACCUCCAUCUGCAUUGAACCCAUUUGGGAUUUUGGAGAGGGGGGUGCUUGCUUGUAUUGCACAGCAUCUGCAUCAGUUCACAUUCUUUGGGCAUUUGCUAUCUUGUCAGGCUUGCUGACUAUACAGUUCUGGUUCAAGGAACGCCUUUCUGAGGUCUCUUGGAUUAUGGGAGCUUUCUGUUCAUGUCUGCAACCUGAUUAUUCGGACCACCAUGGAAACCAAACUUCUUCAGCGUUUAGGAACUGCAUGUGCCUCAGAUGCUUUACCCAGCAGCUGAUCAAUGCGUAUACUGUUUUGUUCCGAGCUGGAGCAGUGCAUUCUGUUUCCCCCGCUAUUGAAGCCACUCCUGUUGAUUCAACUGAAAGCUCCUUCGAUACAUAUCGUUCGCCCCCAAGACCUCUGCCCUAUGAUGAUCCACGAUUUUCCCCUCCUGCUCGUGACUGGUUAAGGAGUGAGAACCCAAGCCAUUCCCCAGAGGAAUCGGAACCACUUAGAGCAAAUGAGGAUGAUGAAGAAAUGGAAACACCAAGUAUAAUACAGAAGGCAAGUAAAACAAACUACAACACAAAAAUGAAAAUCUGCAGCUCUACUUAUGGUGAUAAGGUGCCACCAAGGGAACAUGGAAAUUACUUCAGCUAUUUUUCCCCAUCUGCUGAAGAUGAAGAUGUCUGUCCAACUUGUCUUGAAGAUUAUGAUUCUGAGAAUCCUAGGAUAGUAAUGCAGUGCUCACACCAUUUCCACCUUGGCUGUAUUUAUGAGUGGAUGGAAAGAAGUGAGGCAUGCCCUGUCUGUGGAAAGAAGAUGGAGUUUGACGAGACAACAUAAUCCUCUGGCUGGACUCUACACCAUGGCCCAUGGAUUAACAAACCUUCUCAUAUGACAUUCUGAAAAUACAGAUGGUCUAGCCCAGCAAGUUCUCUGUAAAUACGCCCUGUAAAUAUUGGACUGGUAGUGUGGGUCCCUCUUGGCCAUACGAGUGCUCUCCAAAUGCUGGAACGGUGCACAUAAACAUUCUUUUCCGAUUUGUUACAAAUAGUCGGCAGGGGAAGGUUGCCCCCCCUCUGCCUGUCUGCGCCUCUGCCUCUGCCUUGUCGAGGCUUAGAGGUGCAUUGGUUGUCCGGUGAUAGAUUCAUCGGAAGCCUGUAAAUUAAAGACCUAGGCUCAUAUAAUAAUCAUAUGGAGUCCCGUGGUUCUGGAAGUUCUUGCAAUGACAACUAUUUGGCUUCAGAGACUG